UGUCAGUGCUGGUCCAGACGCCAGAUCGCCUCCACCAGCAGCCGUCGCUAUUACGAUCCCACUCGUCCUUUUCCUCUUCGUUUCUGUUGUUGUUUAGAAAAAAAAAAGAACACACAUCGUGACUGUCCCACAGUUCGACAUCAUGAAGGAGCUCCAACUCGCAUUUUUGGGAUGAAAAUGGUCCGGUUGAAAUUUGCAGCUGCAGAGAUUCGACGUGGAUUCUAACAGCGUGAUGGAAAGAAAUGAGGCUGCUGUGAUAAAACUUUUCGUUGUCGGCGUUUUAGUUCACACCUGCAUGAUGAGGGCGUCAGCCACGGAGAGCUUCAGCACCACGCCGGCUCCGGCGCGGCACGUGGAACCCUGCAACGAGUCCCAGCUGCAGUGGGAGGUGGAGGUCUGUGGCGAGGAGUUCAAGAGGGACAUGUCUCACAUAGACCCUCUGCACUGGUGUAACCUCACACACUUCAUCAGGGAGUAUCACUUCUUCACCCGCUGCACAGAGACCAAGUCCUUCACCGUCAACUGCUACUGGCCCAACCCACUGGUGGAGAGUUACAUCAUUCACAUACACAAGCACUUUUUCUCCAACUGCACCAUGGAGCAGGUGGUGUGGCGGGACCCUCCUGAUGACACUCUCACCAUCCUCAUCCUCAUCCCAGUGUUCCUGACGUUGGCUAUGAUCGCACUGGUCGUCUGGUGCAGCAAAAGGAGUGACAACUUGGCCUAGAAUGACUGAAGGAGGUUGAAAUACAACUAACUCUAGCUUGUUUCAGUUGGAGGUCAAUUGACAUGCAAAACCACUUCUGCUCCCGGGACAACUAAAGUGCUGCUUUUAAAGGAAAUCCGUAUAACACAGUCACUGCCAAAAGAAUACAUUAACCCAGACUCACAGAAACAUCGGAAAGAUCGCUCAGUUCUUUUGAAAAGUGCAAUUUCUGUCAGGCUCUUAAUAUUUAUUUAUCUCUUUCACAGUUAAAUGUCUCAUCUUUCAAGGUUACACUUCUGCAAUUAAAGCUAGCUUGUAAAUAAGUUAUUCCAGCAAAUAAAGGCAAAAGAUCAAAUGUGACUUAAUAGACUUUUAAUAAAGUCUCUCUGGUUGCCUUCAGUGGAGGAAACUGUUCAAUGCUCUUGGAUUAUUUAUAAAAGAGACACAGGUGCAUUAAGGAUUCCAUUCAGAAUUUUUAAAUUAUAUAUAAAGACAUACUCGCGUCACCGUGGGGCCAAUCUCCAAAAGCUUUGCAUGUGCGAGCCAAUACACACACAACGCAAUUUUUCCGGACAUUUGGUCUGACAUUACCUCUUUUUUUGCACAUUUCGAAAAAAGGUCCGAACAGUGCGCAUGCAGAAUUGUGUGUUCAUGCCUCCUGUGAUAGUGGUGAGACGGAGACAUGAGAUUAGUGACAGAAGGUGCAGAGAUUGUUUUUUAAGUGUAUUUAAUGAACUCAAAACAGAGUUGGGGUGCGACUGUACUGACUGUGUCUCCGUGACCAGGAAAGACCGGAGAUCCAGUCGUAAAUGGUGUGCAACCAAAAGUGUGCCAAGUAGCAAGAAAAAAAAUCAUCAGGAAUUCCAGUGGUACCCACUGUUUUAAUUAUUUUUCAUCUACAUGGAGGAGGACAAUUUUAUGGGAAGCACUUUUCUUGGUGUUAAAUGGAAACUAGCUUAUGAGAGAAUUUCUAUCAUGAUUUAUUAUGUUUCCCAGAAGUGCAAUCUUUCAUUCAAGUAAGAAUGUCCCCAACACCAAAUCUAAAUUGCAUUUGCAUUUUCCCCUUAGCACCUUGAAGCCAUGGUGCUUUCUAUUAAUGCAAGCAAACUUGGUGAAUCAGCCCCUCAGUAGAGUUAUAUUUCCUGACUAACUAGAGCCAACACAGCCUGAAACGGUCAUGAUAGUAAUCAAAACCAGUUUUUAUAUCAACAUUUCAAAGUCAUUUAUGAGAUAUUCAGGGAAAAGUGAUGUAAUUUAAAAUUAUUCCGGAGUAACAUAACAAAAAACUGAUGGCACGGAAGUGCAAAACAUUAUAGGCAGUGAAUGGAAGUGACUAAAUGAGGAUGAACUCGGAAUAAAAUAAAACACGGGAUGGUCAUCAGUUAAACAUUUUCUUUAACUUAAGAGUGCAGUCAGCUUGUCAGUUGUCUCUAAAUGCAAGUGGUUUUUGCUGCGUCAUUUCUUGUGUAAUUUUGGACGGCUGGACGAUUGUGCGCAGGUUUGCUUGCGUUCCCUGUAGCUGAUGGAUCUGGAGCAUUGACAUGGCGCAUUCGGGUCAAGCGCUGAAUCACUGCUGAAGGCCAAGCUCCAACAAGCAUCCGACUCCGCUGCUGGGAAAUAUAACUCCCAGGGGACAACUUUUGUUAAACAGUGACCCAAAGCGAUGGCUUGAAAGCGUAUGAAGGAAGCCAAAUUUGGACAAAAUACUGACUUCUUUUAUGGACGGUCGCCACUGGACAGGAUACACUGGGGUUUUGCUUUCAGACUUGAAUUCCCUGUGCGACUACCUGAAGCCAAAAGAGGCUGUUUGGAAUAAGUGUAACUUAUAUGAUAUUGUUGAUAUGUUAUUGUAUGUAUAUACUGUCAUCCAAUUCAGAGGGGCUUGUACAGCUGUCUCUCCAUCUGUGCUGUCUACUGUAAGAGAUUAUUGAAUUGAUAAAAAAACAUAUCUCUCCGUUCACGCUCUGCUCCGCACCAAACACUGCUGUUCAGAAUUCUUCUGAAUCAUAUUGUUCUCUUUAUCAGCUCUCUCUCACUCUGCGACACGGACAUAUUUCCAAACACUAUCCGACUAAACAGCCGCACUUUGCUGUCAUAUGAAGAGCUCAAAGAAAUAAAAUCUUUCAACACAGUAUUUUGUUGCCCGU